AUGUUACCACUACUUAUCACUCGUCGUUGUCUUCCUCGCGUUGUGCGUUCCCAUAAUCCAACGGUCGCCGGCCUUCACAGCCCCGUACGAGCGUUUUCAGCGACCACUAGUGUCAAAUCGCAAGACGAUAAGACUCCUGAGAAAAAAGAGACUAACGGAGAUAAAGGUCGAGCCAACGAGUUGAUUGAAGCCGUUUUGUAUGGAUCAAAGAAAAUCAAAGAAGAAGAAAGUCAAACGCACUCUAAGGUGCUUGCCAGAGGAAAAUAUGUGCAUGAACUUCAGAAACAUCAAGUGAAACCAGAUAAAGUCGAAGAAUAUAUCGAGUUGGUAUCGAAGCAUUUUCCCGUGAUCGCUAAUAAUCCUGCAAACGACGUGCACCUUUGUGGCAGUUGGGAAGUGAUUGUGGGUGAACAGGACACAUUCUUCCAUGUUUGGGAAUACAAAGGUUAUCCCGGACAUCAACACACAAUGACACAGCUUGCUCAGAACCCAGAAUUUAUCGAGUUUUCCAAGAAACUGUCUUCUCUACUUAUUCGACGAGAGAAUAAUAUGAUGCUUGAAUUCUCCUUUUGGCAAACCUCACCGCCAAAAGUCACUGAUGGCAUCUACGAACUGCGUAAAUACACUCUAAAGCCGGGACACUUGCUGGAGUGGGAGAUGAACUGGUAUGUAGAAACGAGUGAUCAUCGAGAUUGA